UUGUGUGAGACUAUAAAAGGCGUGUCUGCCGGCAAGCGCAGGCGGAGGCCAGCCAUGAGUCAGCCCAACGGCAAACGACGCAAGUCGACGCUCCGACAGGAAGGCUUCCUGACGCCCGAGCCAGGCUCGAGGAGAAACUCGCUCUCGUCCGGGUUCCUUAUCGUUCAGGCCUCAGCGGAAUCUGACCCGAAUGGUCAAGCGCUCGCUCGCCCACGAGCAUGGUACUGCUUGCCCCUUCUGGCCACAAUCGAUCUCGUGUAUACCACCACCACGACGGCACUGUUGCUCGAGCAAGAUCUCGUCAGACCUGCGCCAAUGUGGCUCCUGCCCGCUUGGGGCCUCAUCCGCUGCUGCGGCAUCCUCUUCGCUACAUCUACAAGUCACAUCAGGAACAUGUCAUGGAUCAUUGCUGCCCUUUCGAUGGGUACUGCGCUCGUCUUCCUUUUCGAGCUCAAUAUGCUUGUCCAAGAUCGCAUCUACCUCUUUCCGGGUCAUACUGCCGAUGGCACUGACUCGGCCAAGAUGCCCCCUGCGCUCACGGUCUACCUGCUCUCCCAGCUCGGUUUCGCAGUACUCCACUGGGUCGCCUUUGUGAUGGUCGUGGGCGUCAGACCUCGCACGACGGUCCUCAGCAAGGUCAGCUAUCGCGAGCUCGAUGCCGACGAGUCAGAGGUAGAAGUCGAAUGUGACGAGCGAGGUACGCCAAGGAUGCCGGUCAGAAAGAGACUCUGGCGCAAAUUGAGAGGAUCGGUUUGGGAGGAUCGGUUUGUCCGAGUUGACUAUGGCACGAUACAGGCCCUUCCGGAGGCAGAAGAGAUCACUGUGGACAUAGAUCAUGCUUUUGAUCGAGGAGAUGAGGAAGCUCGGUUGAGCGACGGGCAAGAGGAGGCGAUCGAUGUGUACGACGCCGAAGGAUUGUCGAGUGACGAUGAUCCAGACGAUAUCAUCGAUCUGCCACCUCGGCGAUGUCACAGUCUAUCGAUCACCAGUCGACCCUCAGAGGCCAUGUUCGCUUCUGCCAGCCCAUCCUGGCGCUCGCUGCGUGCGAGGCCUUCCUCGCGCAUCGCUCUGCCCAACGCAGACACUUCGCCCAAUUGAGUCUGUCCUGUCAUGAUGUUGUAAGACUGCAUGCAAAGGUUGUUACAAUGCCAACAAAGAGCCAUCACGAUCGAAGCCCCAAGCACUUUGGGAAGCCUCGUCCUGAUGC